CGACGAUAGCCAACCCACAUCUCUAGAAGUGAGCCUGAUCCCCAUCAAUAUCAGGUUUGAGAUCUACCUCGUAUAUUAUCACAUUGCAUUCCUCUUUGGCAUCCAAACUCACCGUCAUCCAAUCGUAUCCUCAUCACCGAUCGCUCUGCCAGCUCCUGCCUCGCCGCGAUGGGCAGUCAACCUCCUUCGUCUUUGAGCUGGCGGGUGACCUCAUUAGACAGUGCCGUUCGAGGCAAGGAGGAUCAGCAUGCGGCAGACCAGAAGGAGCGCCAGCCUCCCGUCAAGAAGUCGCAUUCCACGUCUUCGAUCGCAAUGGGCAUGUUGCCGGCUAUCUCAAUCGCGGUGCCUGGAGCUGCGUCGUCGUCUUCAAACGGCGGCACGGAGACAAAUAGGAGCAACCCUGGCAGCACGGAUGCUCCUUCGACCUCUAAGCAGACUCAAGAGGAGCACGAACACCACCACUCAAUCCAUAAUCCAUUUACAAUUGGUCCCCUGAGAAAAGACGGCCGCAUGGAAAGUCGGCAUCAUUCCACCACAGAUGGCGAGGGCGAUGAGGCAAAGCCAAGUCGAAGGCGUCGUACUCGGGACAAGCUUGCCAAGGCCGGAAGGAGCUUGAGUCCUUUCAACCAUCGGAGAAAGAGCCUCAGCAAGCUUCCGGGAGUUCUCGGAGGCAGCUGGACUCAUUUGGCCAGCGGGGGUCAUCUCUUCGGGUCGAAGCAGCUGACACCACAGUCUUAUAGCAGUGCAGCAUCCUCUGGAGAAACGAGCGAGAAGGGCGAAGACUUCGAGUCAGAGUCGGAUGCAGAUUCCAUUGCAAGCGGCAAAGGACUGCAGCCAAGAAGCAUGGCCUUCGGUCGGGGAGGCAAGGACGACCACGAUGGAUCCGACGACGAUGACUGGGAUGCUGAUUUCGACAGGGAGCGUCGUUCCGGAGACGCAGAGACAGAUGACAGCAGCAGACUCUCCAGAGAGGGGGCCGACAGCUUCGAAGAAGAAGAAGACGAUCCCGGCGCUCGCGAUCCACUUCUAGAUUUCGAUGAUGCCACCAUAGACAACACAUUGUUCAAUGCCGGCUGUUUGGAUCUACACAAUGCUUGGCAAAACAAUCGGGAAAGCAUUGGAGAAGGGGGCUGGUACCCUGCCGAUGACGACCCUUCCUGGGGUCAUCCUGACGGAGCUAUCAACGAAGAGCCCGCAGAGCAGGGCUACGAUCAAUCAGGCGAAGUGCGGACUGCUUCGGUCGAUGCGGCCAUGCCAACGUCUCCUUCACAAGAUCCUCACGCAAGACUGCCUAACAUUAUCUUGCCGUCUUUCAAGAUUCCAGAGCCCAAGCGACAAGGCUCCAAGUACAUCGUCUCUGGGAACGGUCCGAACGCCUACUCCCUUGUAGCUUCUCGUCCGAUCUUUGCUCGGAACCGCUGCACUAUCACCCUUGUGCACGGUGAGUACGAGAAGGCAGUGAAAGAGAGGGCGACGGGAGGCGGUCGAGGACCCAAGAAGUGGAUCGUCGCCAGCGACGGUUCUGAAGAAUCGUCGUAUGCCAUCGAGUGGACUAUCGGAACAGUCUUACGUGACGGAGAUGAGACCCUCAUCGUCUCAGUCAUGGAGACGAGUGAGAAGCUAGACCCUACGCACAAGACGGAGACUGCUCAUGCCAAAGCAGCCCUCAAGGAGCACCAGGAUAUCCGACAGAACAUGGCCGUUGUAUUGGCUCGGCAAGCGACUGCUUUGCUGCAACGGACCCGUCUAGCCGUAAAGAUCAGCUGCCAGGCUCUGCACGCCAAACACUCCCGCCAUAUGCUGUUGGACUUGAUCGAUUUCUACGGACCGACAAUGGUCAUUGUAGGUUCUCGUGGACUGGGGUCUUUGAAGGGCAUCCUUCUAGGUUCCACCUCGCACUAUCUUGUUCAGAAGUCCUCAUGCCCAGUCAUGGUUGCCCGCAAGAGGCUACAGCUGCCUGCACUUCCUCGAGGGAAGAGCGAUGUGGUCUCCUCGGUCAGAAGGAGGCAUAUCAGACUGGAUGAAGCGGCCAUCGAGAAGAAGAGUAAAGUCGGGGAGGAGAGCGAUACAGAUACGGACAACGACACUGAAGAGACCAAGAAGAAUGGGGAUCGGGAAGGGUAUGAACAAGGCACAGAGGACAAGGCUGAGGGCGAGGAAACGCCGGCCGAUGAUCUUGCUGAGUCGAAGGAGAAGGAGCUGACUGACGCUGAGGUCCAAGCAAAGCGGAGGCAAGAGGGCGAGCAGGCAGUGGCUGCGAAACAGAUGUCUCGUUCCUUCCACAGCGCCACUGAGCCGUCACCGGAAGACGCUCUGCGAGACUUGAACAAGACGAAUCUACGCGGAUCAGGCGAUUUGGAUCAGUCAGAGGGCACGACAUUGAAGAAUGAGGUCGCAAAGGGCGAGACGAUGGGAGAAGAGGGAGGUGAAGAAGAGGAGGAGGAGGAGGAGUCGCGCAGUCGUGCCCUCAAUAGAGACGUUUCAGAGGAGGAAGGGAGCAGCGACCAGCGAGGUCGUAGCCGUUCACGCUUGGGGCCAUGAUUCUUCCCGUGUCACUAUCCAUAUAGAUGUUCCAUGCUUGCUCUGCUGCCUAAGAAUAAAUUGUACAGCCUGUAAGCGCA